UUAUCCCUAUGAGGCGGUGAGAGGCCCGGGGCCUACCUCAAAGGAGCGGGGUCGCGGCGCCAGCUAGCAGCGGGCCCCCUCCCGGUCCCCGGGCCCGGCGGCGCGGCGGCGGCGGCUCGGUUUUGAGGAGGCGGGGAAGCGGGCGUCCGGCCCUAGCCAUGGAGGGCAUGGACGUGGACCUGGACCCCGAGCUGAUGCAGAAGUUCAGCUGCUUGGGCACCACCGACAAGGACGUGCUCAUCUCCGAGUUCCAGCGGCUGCUCGGCUUCCAGCUCAACCCGGCCGGCUGCGCCUUCUUCCUGGACAUGACCAACUGGAACCUACAAGCAGCAAUUGGCGCCUAUUACGACUUUGAGAGCCCAAACAUCAGUGUGCCCUCUAUGUCGUUUGUUGAAGAUGUCACCAUAGGAGAAGGGGAGUCGAUACCUCCUGAUACUCAGUUUAUAAAGACAUGGCGGAUCCAGAAUUCUGGGGCAGAGGCCUGGCCUCCAGGGGUUUGUCUUAAAUAUGUCGGGGGAGACCAAUUUGGACAUGUGAACAUGGUGAUGGUGAGAUCGCUAGAGCCCCAAGAGAUUGCAGAUGUCAGCGUCCAGAUGUGCAGCCCCAGCAGAGCAGGAAUGUAUCAGGGACAGUGGCGGAUGUGCACUGCUACAGGACUCUACUAUGGAGAUGUCAUCUGGGUGAUUCUCAGUGUGGAGGUGGGUGGACUUUUAGGAGUAACGCAGCAGCUGUCAUCUUUUGAAACGGAGUUCAACACACAGCCACAUCGCAAGGUAGAAGGAAACUUCAACCCGUUUGCCUCUCCCCAAAAGAACCGACAAUCAGAUGAAAACAACUUAAAAGACCCUGGGGGUUCCGGGUUCGACUCGAUCAGCAAAAACACAUGGGCUCCUGCUCCUGACCAAACCGAGCAAGAUGAGAAUAGACUCUCAGAGAACUCUGUAAAUCUGUCCCCCAGCAGUCACGCAAACAACUUAUCAGUAGUGACUUACAGUAAGGGGCUCCACGGGCCUUACCCCUUCGGCCAGUCUUAAACGGGCAUCGGCAAGAAGAAAAAUUAACAAAAGACAGAAGGCCUGACUUUGGGGUGGGGGGGGAGGGCAGGGGGUUCCUCUGGAUUGCAGACCACACCGCAUGGACCCCUGGCUCUGACCCCCCCCCCCAAUCCUGGAAGAAGAGGAAGAAGCAGAACAGACUAGUUUUGAGUAAACUCAGUAUGCAUGUGUGAAUGCUGAAUCGCGGAAUGGUGUUGAGGCUACUAAGAAGAAACCCAUGCAGCCGCCUUGGGUUUUGUUUAUUAGGCAUCAGUCUAACAAGUCAUUAGGUCACCCGGGAAGGAAAAAAAAGUUUCAAAUGGGGGAAAAAAAGCCAUCUUUUUAAACAAAAAUUAUUUUGCCUACAGACAGGUUGUAGUUUUAAGCACAUGUUAAUUUUUUCCCCCUUUCCUCACUUUUUUUUUUCUUUAGGUAAGGGAUAACGUACCCUUUCUAGAAUAGCUGCUUGCUCUGGAAGCGAUUCAGGUUACAGGCUGGCGUGGCAUGUUUGGGAACUCUGCGGGUCCGUGCCGCAGGAGGACAUCUCCUGCGCCACCCGACUCCAGCAGUCUCUGACCCCGUUUGUUUUUAAUGGCAUCGGCCAAUGAGUUAUCAUCCUUUUCCUCUUCUUUUCUCUUUAAUCUUCUGUUGAUUUACACCUUUGACAUUUGUAUCCGUCAACCCCUGUGGCUUGUUACCAUCAGAACCUCUCUGAAGACCAAACUUCCCUGUGUGGCCAGCAGAGGAAGCCUUGAAGACAGAUCUCGGGCAACAUGGGAGUUUCUAAGGCCGAGAGGUGUCCUUCUGCACACACAACAACUCAAAUUGCUUUUCUUCCAUGUUUCUCUUGGCAGAGAGAGAUGCCAUCACGCUUACUACUCUUUUGGAUUCUUCAUACACAGCGGCUCCCCAUUCACUCUGGGAACAGUGCCUCUGUGCUGCGUACAUGUGUGUGCCACAUGCACACACACACGGGUGUUGAUGCAGCUCACCAGCAAAGUGUGCAGCAGGCAGGUGGAAAGGUGUCCAGGCUUCUCUGUUGUGACACAACUCCCUUCCUUGUGUUUCCCUCCCAUUGUCCUUUGUGGUAUUUUCACAGCCUGUUAGUGGAGGCUGAGCUGUUAAGGUAUGGAAAUAUAGCCCCAAGCAGGGAGUUGGCCAUGGGGAGGGGCCACAGUUACUGACUAUGUGAUUUUGGAGACCACAGUUCGAUGAAACGAGAGCACCCCCACCCUGAGUAGGAUGCUUGGCUAGUGGGAGGUGGUGGGCGGGGGGCAGCCCAGCCAGAGCAGAGGCUACUUGGCUGGCUGCCCACUUGGGCAGGUGGCCCCACUGGAAUCCUAUGGAUUCCAAGCAGGUUGAGCUGUGGACCUCUCCAUGGGAAGCUUGAACCAGGCUAGAACAGCUGUCUGCCAAAGAUACAAGAAUAUGCAAAGUCCCUCUUCUCUUUCCUUCUCACCCCCUCCUUCCCUUGAGUCUUGGCUGGUUUGAUAGCCGCGGAUGUGGAUCUAGGGUGCGGUUGCAGGGUUACCUGCCUAUUAACCGCAUCCCCACCCACCUCGGGGGUGUGAGACAACCUGGGAGACCAGGUGAUGAGCGGCUGCAGGGGGUCAUAGAGCCUGGGUGUGGGUGAGGGUCUGCCUGCCCGUCUGUCUCUUUCUGGGUGUCCAAGCUCCAGAAAUGUGUGCUCUUUGUUCCUCCUUGUCCUCUUCUGAGACUAUUGUUUUCUAAAGCUUGAUUGUGGGAGAAAAGCUUGUAUGAAAUUCCUCCUUCACCUCCCCACCUCCCCAAAAAUAAAAGGCGGGAAACCCUUUGGUCUACUGGAGAAGCUCUGGGGGAGGAUGGAGCCAGCCUGCUGAGAAGGUCUGGCAGCUGGGUCUGGGGCUAGCCUAAGGCUCACACAGGAGCGGCCGUUUGCAGUGCUUUCGAGUGCCCCAGUCCUGAGCAGAGCAGAGGGGCGUCCCUGGUGGGUGCCCAGGCCGUCACUGGCCCAAGCCAGGGGCUCACCAUGACUUUUUGUCUGAGUGCCCUGUUGGGCCCAGCUUGCCACUACUGUUGGUGCCAACCUCCUGGGACCCUGUCACCCUGGAGCCCACACACGCCCAGCCCUCCAAAUAGCACAUCUCCAGCUGCCGCUGGCAGGAUCGUGG